AUGGGUUGGCUACUCGUCCACCCAGAAGAUCUGGGUGCUUUACAUUCGGGUCAAAGGCCAGCUAGCAUUUGGCAACUUGAUGAGCUUCGUGCAUUUGUGGAAGGUGAUGAACAUGCGGCAACAUGGGCAGUACACAUGUGCACUUUCGGGGGCGAUCUCCCUCACCCCACGAGGCUGGCAACCAAUUUAGCAGGCCCUGAGGCGCAGCUCAGAUGGCCGCAGUUCGAUGCAACAGGGUCCUAUGUAGGGCCAAUUGGCCGGUGCGAGCAUUUGCAUCAUGGUGGCGCCGGCAUAGCGCACGAUGGAAGUUGGAAGACGGACACACCUCUUCCGUUGGCCUUCUGUGAACAUGUGGUGCAGAUGGCAUGUGAUUGGCAGUUGUCUGGGCGCGCUACAGACGACGUCGGCCAUCCGGCUGAACAGUUCGCCACAUGCUUGCUAGAGCAGUCCGAUUCGCGUAAGCUUGGGAAACAUGAUGGAGAAGCUCUGGCCCGCCUGCUCGAAUACGAAGCACCGCAUCCGGCAGCAGUGGCAGAUGCGGCCCCGGAGCAAAGUGGCGGCAAGGCCUUCUUCGGCGGAGCCUACACUAAGGGUGGCGUCACGGGUUUGCGCCGUUCUUGCCGGCUGUUCCCUCAGUCCCUUAAGUGCCUCACCUUGCUCCUGCGUGAUGCCUUCCCCAACAAGCCCUUUAGUUCUCUUGUGGUGUUCAAUAACGUCAAGAGUACUAUGCACAAAGACGUGCACAACGCGCCUUAUCCAAACUUGCUUCUUGCAUUGACCACUUUCCAAGAUGGGCAGGUUUGGAUGGAAAGCAGCCACGGUCAUGUCGUGCGCAUGGUUCGCGGCAUCCCGCGCAAAGGCGUUCUUCUCCCAGUGGCCCAGGCUCCGCAGGAGCUCCAGGCUCACAACUGCUUCCAUCAAACCGAGGCGUGGACUGGUGAUCGAGUUCUCUUAGUUGGAUUCACAGUCACCCGCCUUCACUCGCUGUCACCGCCCAUGCGUGAUAACCUCCUCUCUUUGGGCUUCGUCCUUCCCCCAUCUGCUCACCUGCCACAGCAAGGGGGGGAGGGGCUCGCUGAUCGGGAGGCCGAAGCGGUGCCGGCGAUGGCAUUAAAGCAACAUGAACUCCACGCUACUAACACCCCUUCAGGAGGGACCAUCCUGGAGGCACCUGAUCCUGGCUCUAGCACCCCUUCAGGAGGGACCAUCCUGGAGGCCCCGGGCCCCGUCCUUGGCACCCCUUCAGGAGGGACCAUCCUGGAGGCUCCCCUUUCCGACCAACCCGAUGGCGAGGACGUUGGUGACCCCCAAGAGUUUGACCCACGCACAUCCCGUUGCAGUGGGUGGCGACCGAAGUCACGUGGGGCAUUAGCUUCCGACAUCGAGCACAGCCAUUCACUUAGCAUACGCAGGAUUCUUGUCAGUGCGCUGCGGGAGGCCAUCCCCGACAGGAAGAAAGCUGCCUUCCUGCUUGCCACGGGGAAGAUGGAGAGCUCACCAUUUUCACGUAGCACCAUCGCUAAGGUCAGGGAACGGAUUGCUGCUUUGUUGCCAGACCCUGAGCAGGCAAUGCAGAUUCCCCAGUCGCUCCGGGUGUUUGGGGAUCCUGACUAUGCAAUCCUGGACCAAGGGAAGGACUCGUUUGCAGAAGGGGUGCCCCUUGGUUGGGAUAAGCCCAUCGGCAGGGCUCCUCAGGUGUUCCCGAAGAGGACGCACUUCCGGAAGCUUGACGAGACCGAGUUUGAUCCCUCCAUGGUGAACUACCGGUCAGCCGAACUAAAUGCUGAACAGUUGGAAGAGAAGUUUCGUCAAGACGAACGGGAAGGCCUGAUGAUCUGCACCACGGAAGCUGAGGCUAAGAAGAAAUAUGGAGAGGACGCUGUGCUGAUCGCUGCGAUGGGAGCAGUGACCAAAGCUAAUGGUGAUGUGCGGCCGCUACAUGACGGCACCCAUGGCAUCAACCUAAACAACCGGAUCGUGAUCACAGACAAACUGCAGGUUCCUGGACCAGAAGACCUUCAAGAGGUGGCAGCACGCGUCAAGGAGAGCAAGGAGGCUCCUUUUUCCCUAUGCGCCGACAUCAGCCAGGCGCACCGACGCGUAAAGGUGCGGGAGGCCGAUUGGCCACGCUUGUCGUGCAAGGCAUCCUCGCAAUCGCGCGUGCUUUGGCUAAAUUGCGUUGGAACGUUUGGGGUCAGCUCUGCCGCAUACUACUGGUCGCGCCUUUUCGGAGCCGUUGGACGGUGGACUUUCCGGGUCCUUUCCUUGGACCAAUUCUACAUGUUGAUCUACGUGGAUGAUCUUCACGUCGUGGUGUUUGGCUGCGAUAAGUACGAUACCCUAUGGCUGCUUUUCUUGGCCCUUGAAGUGAUGGGGACUCCUUUCUCUUUUCACAAGUUCAAAGGGGGAGUGGAAGUGGACUACAUUGGAUAUCACCUCAGCUACUUCACGUGGGCAGCUGGCAUUUCGGAGAAGCGGGCAUCCUGGAUCAUUGAAUGGAUCGAUCGAGUGGAAGCCGACGGGUGGAUGGUGUCUGGCAGGCGGCUGGUGGAGUUCACCGGACGUCUCAACUUUGUGACACGCAUGAUCACUUGGUUGAAACCUUUCCUGGCACCAUUGUUUGCUUGGAACGGGGUGCUCAGCCGCAGCACAGUGGCGCGCCUACCCGAGAUGGUGAUGCUAGUCCUUCGAUUUUUCCGCCACCAAUUUUCAUCAGGAGCUCGACUUGAUUCUGUGCACAUGACCUGGCCAGCGCAACAGAGGCAGGCAUUUCGGACUGAUGCUAAGUGCGAAAGGGGGCGCAUUGUGUUGGGGGGCUGGUCCUUAGAUCAUGGGGUUGAUACUAGGCAAGCGCCGUGGUUUGCUUUGGAGGUUUUCCCUAAUGACUUGCCAGCACUCUUCAAACCUGAUGGGUCGUCCGAGUGGGCCUCCACGGCCGCGGAGCUGCUCGGCUCAUAUGUCGGGCUUCAUGCAUUCGGGCAUUUGAAGAAAUCUGCCGGGCGGGACUCCUUGAAGAUGCAGGUGUGCGGUGGAACUGACAACAAAGCCACCCCGGCCAUCGCUGCAAAGGGUUUAUCUAACAAGUGGCCCGUGCAAGGGAUCCACAUGCAGUUGUCGGUUGCCCUUCGUGAAGCUAAUAAGGUUUGCAAGCUUGCCUGGAGGCCACGGGAAGAAAAUCAGGAUGCCGACGAUUUGACUAACUUGAAGACGGAAAACUUUGUUCCUUCAAAAAGGGUGACAGUUGCGUUGAAAGAUUUGCCAAUGGGAUUGUUUCACGAGUUGCAUGAGCACUACGAAUCCUUCAGGGAUGAACGAGCAGCCAUGUCGGCUGCUAAGAAAAUUGAGCCUAAGGCCACUAAGAGGCAGAAGUUGCUUGACAAAACGGAAUGGUAG